AUGUCUCGUGUCCCUGUGAGCUUUGGUCUCCUUCUCUUGCUUCAUGUUCUGAGCUCAGCUGGCCUGAAGGAGGCAAAGGAGGUGGACAUGGAGGUCGUGGUCAGCAGGACACCCUGUAGUGCCACCUGUGGGGUGGGGCUUACAACUGAGACGCUGUGUUUCCUCACAGGUGGAGAGAAAGUCCUCCAUGAUGCAGCAGGAGGUCAAAGUGAACCUAAGGUAUCAGACAAGUGUCGGAUCCGUAAGGUGAAAUGUCUGCAGACAUGGCAGUGUGGACUCAGGACGUUCACUGUGACUGCAGGAGACAGAGUGGAGCUCAAAUGCCUGGAAGAGGCCUCAGAAGACAAGGGGAGGUUCUCCUGGAGGGUGAUUUGGCAUUUUGCAAAAGGGGUAAUCAGUUCGGAGGAUGCUCUGUUUGCUCGUCUGAAGGCUCCUUUGAUAGACCGGGUGGUUCUAGAUCCAGUCAGAGAGAAUGAUGCAGGUACCUAUCGCUGUAUUCUGCAGGACACCGCCUUCCGCAGGGUUAAGAGGAUCGACUGGGGGAUCCGGGUUUUGCCUGUCGGGUUUGUGGAUCUGCAGUACGGCAGCUCUCAGGAUGAUUGGGACCAGCAGAACCAGACUGUGAGCUCAACCCAGCAACACAAGGAGAGAACUGCACUUAAAGUGGUGGUGAUUAGCUUUGUCAUCGCUGGAACAACAGCCGGACUCGUCCUCCUGCUCCUGUUCAGGAUGAGCAGACGGCUGCUGAAACGGACCAGAUGAUCAAGAAGAUUAGGACCAGUGUCCUGAAUGUUCCAGCUGGAGGACUGAAGAAAUGUAAAGCUAAAGGUUCCACCAAACUCAGUUGACUUAUUUCUUCAUUUCUGUUCUCCACCACAUGUGAAAAUGUCAAUGAGUUCAAUAACAGUGUGAAU